AUGUUGUCACAACAACAACCCGAUGUCAACACUCUGUUGCACAACAUGCGUGCACAGAUCCUGUUGUUGACUACGCAGCUUUCUGAGAUUCAGGAAUACCCCGCUGAACCAACGGUUGAGCAAAAAUUUAAUAAAAAAGUCGAGAUUGUUGCUGACCCCAGCGCUUUCAAAGGAAACCAGGCUCGAUUUGCUGAAUGGUGGAUCAAGCUCCAAAUUUGGAUCAAGGCAAACUGGGAUGUGUUUGCCAAUGACUUUGAGAUAGCAACAGCUGUGCUAUCAAGACUAAAAGGAUUUGUGGCGUGUCAAUACACCCAACAUCGGGAAAACAUGAUUUUACUAUAA